AUGUUUCCACCUUUUGGCUUCAGGCCAUGGCGCACGGCGCCACUUCGAGUUCCGACCGAUCGGGUAUUACCAGUCCACCUGCUCGGCGAUGCGCCCGACGUCAGGGGCAUUGUCAUGCGGUGGAUGGUACGAUUCGACGACGUCCUCGACGCCGAGAAACUGCAUUCCGCACUGGUCAAACUGCUGGAGAUGAAAACUUGGCGGAGGCUUGGAGGAAGGCUGCGUCUAAAUCAGCAGGGAAAGCUAGAAACCCACGUGCCGGCAGUAUUCGACCCGACACGGCCAGCGGCGCGCUUCUCUCACGUCAGCUUCGACAUGGCCCUGGCCGAGCACCCAAUCGCGUCGCAAACCCCGCGCCCGACCAACGGACCCUCGGUGCACGCCGUCGACGACGCCUUCCGCGCGCUGAGCGCCAGUGCUGCCAGCGGCAAGAUCCCCGAAACGCUCGACGACUACCUCUACAGCGACGAGCCGCCGCUGGCGCUGCAGGUCUUGACGUUCCGCGAUGCGACCCUCCUGUGCAUGAACUGCCCCCACGCCAUGAUGGACGCCGUCGGCAGCGCUGCGCUCGUCUCGGCGUGGUGCAAGGUGCUGGCGGGGCGCGAGGGCGAGGUACUGCCGCUCUCGGCCGACGACCCGAUACAGAGCGUGAGCAGAAUAAAAGACGAGGGGGGGGACGAAGGGGGGGACGAGGUGGGGGGCGAGGAGGGGCAAGCUGUGCUAAAGGCCAAGCACCUCGGCGGCCUUGGCAUGUUCCUGUUUGCGGUCCGCUUCGUCCUCGACAUGCUCUUCGGGCCGAGGAUGGAGACGCGCACCAUUUUCCUGCCCGCCAGGUCCGUCAAGGCGCUCCAGCGGGAGGCCGCGCACGACCUCGAGCUGCUGCAGCAGGGCCAACAGAUCGACACCACGGGCCGCCAAGGCACGCCCUUCGUCAGCGAGGGCGACGUCCUGUCGGCGUGGAGCACGCAGCUGAUCGCGCGCAGUCUCGGGGCGCGCAGCACGCGCACGCUUGCGGCUAUGACCGUGUUCGAGCUGCAGAGCCGGCUGGCGGCCUUCGACGUGCGCCGGGCCGCGUACGUGCAGAACGCCUUUUGCGUGGCCACGACGGUGCUCGCGGGCGACGACGCGCGAGGCCUGCCGCUGGGCCGGCUGGCGCUGCGGCUCCGCGCGUCGCUGCAGCAGCAGACGACGCCGGCGCAGGUGCGCGCCGCGCUGUGCGACCUCGUCGCCGCCCUCGCCCGCACUGGUCAUCCGCCCGUCGCCGCCGAGCCCGACAGCCUCCCCGUUCCCAUCUCGAACCUCACCAAGGCGCGCUUCUUUGACGUGGUCGAUCUCGGCCCGGCUGUGGUUGGUGGCGGUGGCGGUGGCGGUGGUGACAUGGGCCGAAGCGUGCCGCCAGGGAAGCCCGUCUUUCUCCAGGGGUAUUCGUCGAGUGCUAGGCGGAACCCGCUCCUGCGCAAUGUCGUGCAGAUCCUCGGCAAGGACUUGGAGGGCAACUACUGGAUCACGGGGAUACUGUCGCCAGGCACGUGGGCCGAGGUGCACGAGGAGCUCGAGGGGUUGUAG